CCAGUUAUUGCCAAUUUGACCAUCAGUACUAACUGUCGCCGUCAAGAUGAUUGAACCAUCCCUCAAGGCGUUGGCGUCGAAGUUCAACUGCGACAAGAUGAUUUGCCGCAAGUGCUACGCUCGUCUCCCUCCUCGUGCCACCAACUGCCGCAAGCGCAAGUGCGGCCACACCAACCAGCUCCGCCCCAAGAAGAAGCUUAAAUAAGCGGAUCGCCCCCAUUCGGGCUCAGACUCGGCAGUUCUUUUUCUUCGACAACGAGGACGUAUUGGUGGACGACUAUGGCUUGCUUUGUUGCCGCUGUCGCUAUCGCUGCAGUGGCGGCUUGACGGAAGAAGAGGAUUGGAAACAUUCAGCACUUCUGGCUGCUGCAACACCGCCACUACACCAUGAUCCGGACUACAUCACCACUUUUCGGGCUGGGGCGGAUUUGUUAGCAAAGCAAGACUCCUGUAGCACGAAUACGAAGACUGCUGCCGUCUGGCCUUGGCAUUAGGUUCAUGAUGACAGUCUGAAAAAUCCAUACCCUGUUUUUGCGGCAAGGCCGUUGUGUGACCGGUGCGACGACAAUGAGAGCGACAUGAAGGAUCAACGAGAGGAACAUCUGGAUGAAUGGCGACCGGCGUCGGCGAGUGCCCAUGACGGAAAAUGCGCGGUCCCUACGCCUACCGGCUUAGAAAUCUGCUCCCAUGACUGGUAGGACGGGCACGCUUUGCCGAUCGGAAAUCUACUUCAGCACCCUGCCGCAGACGGUCCUCAUCUCACCACAAGGGACACGGACGGUCUCAUCGAGGAUUGAAAAAAAGACUGUAUACGCUAGCAAGACCCGCGUCGAUGAACAAUCUCGUCCCCGGCCAGCUUCCCCUUCCAACCGGGGCAUGUGCGCCUGUCUGUCUGUAUCAAUCCCCUUUCGAUUCCAUCAA